AUUUUAAGUUCCGCCUGACUUGAUAACUUUGCGCAAUGGUUGGUGCAGCUACAUGAACGACAUCUCAACUGUCCAAUCGCAGACUGCUUAUAACUCCACGUGCUAGCCAAUCCCGCAGCAAGAGGCGGGAUUUGUCAGAAAACUGGGGUCGUUCACAUCGAACACGUCUUGUUUCCGUCUGCGCUGUUUUCAAUUGUCUUUCUAAGUAAAUAUGCACCAGAAGGACGUCACUGCUUCUUGCGCUGGAACGCCACGUUCUCUAGACGCCUUUUCAGGUUAAGAAAACGGGUCUCAAGACACUUGCAUUCAGUUCCAUUCGCUGCGCUCUGUCUAGUUUUAAGAGGCAAGGACGUUUUGGGCGUGAACAACCCCUGAGUAAAACGAUUCCACCCUCGAAACUUUGCUGCUGUAGUAGUCCUCACAGAGAGAGCGGCUCAUCAUCUGGAGUUGAGCAGAUCGCAGCUCGCCGGGAUCCGCGUCCCUCACUCCGAUGAGACCAUGAAGAGAAGGCUUCAAAAGAAAUACAUCAUUUUAAUUCUAGGAUAUUCCGUGGCGCUGCUUUUGGUUCCCUACGUGCUAGACUACCGAAGCAAAUCGUCUCACAUUAAAGAUGGAUUUCAACAACAAAAGUGUCCAGAUCUGGAGAGCACCAUCGCCCUGUGGAGCAGCUCCAGAGACAGGACGAGCAACUCAACGGAGAUGGACGACUAUGGCAACAGGAGUCACUCCAGAACACAUAUAUACCUGCAUGCAACCUGGAGGACAGGCUCUUCCUUUUUGGGGGAAUUAUUUAAUCAGCACCCUGACGUGUUUUAUUUAUAUGAGCCUAUGUGGAAUAUGUGGCAGGCUCUCUAUCCAGGAGACGCGGGCAGUUUACAAGGGGCGGUUCGAGAUAUGAUGAACUCGCUGUUCAGAUGCGAUUUCUCGGUGUUAAAACUCUACGCGGGCUCCGCCAACGUAAGCACCUCGCUUAUUUUCGGCUGGAAAACGAACAAGGUCAUUUGCUCCGAACCUCUGUGCAAAGCGUAUAAAAAGCACGAAAUCGGGUUGGUUCAAGGCGAGGUGUGCGGUAAAUGCCAGCCCGUGGAUCUUAAAGAGUUGGAAAGAGAGUGUAAAAAGUACCCGGUGAUGGUCAUCAAAGACGUGCGGGUUCUAGAUUUGGGUGUUUUGGUUCCCCUCAUACGCGAUCCCGUGAUAAACCUGCAGAUCGUACAGUUGUUUCGCGAUCCGAGGGCUGUGCAUAAUUCUCGGCUCAAGUCCAAACUGGCUCUGGUGAAAGAGAGCAUCCAGGUGCUGAGGAGCAAGAAACAGACCGAUAAAUACAAGCGCCUUCUGGUGCCUAGCAACAGGGUGAAUCGAGCCGAGAACUACGUCUCGAGCGCAAUGGAGUUAAUAUGCGAUAACUGGCUCAGCGACAUGCUCCUGGUCUCGAACGCGCCGCCGUGGGUGAGGAGAAACUACUUGCAGGUCAAAUAUGAAGAUCUGGUCCUGAGACCUGUGGGUGAGCUCCAGAUACUCUAUCGUUUCUCCAACCUCACCCUCUCUCCAGCCUUGGAGAAGUUUGUGGUGAACAUGACCCAUGGACAGGGCUAUUCUUCAGAUAAGCCUUUCCUCAUAUCAUCCAGGGACGCGAAAGAGGCCAUAUUCGCCUGGAGGGAAAGGCUGAAUGUGGAGCAGGUGAACCAGGUUGAAGCUUACUGCAGUGAGGUCAUGAGACAGCUGGGUUAUCAGAAGAGGAACAUGGACAAGACAUAAAUACGUCAAAGCAUGAGUGUCUGGAGCCUGAUGUACAGGAAGUAGACGAGAAUAGAGGGAGAGCCUGACAUGAAUAUACAGCCAGCGGUGUUGAAACAUUGACAGAGCCGAGGAACGACACCAAACGAUCUCUCUCACAGUGCCAUCAUGGGACGCAGAGUGGACGACACAAGGGUCUGAUAGGAGACCUCAAAUGAUACUGACAAAAUUCCUACAAGACAGACACUAACAAUAAUAGGGUGGAAACAUAGAUGGAAACAGAUCAUGGAUAACCUACAAAAGGCUCAGUCCCUGCUGUGUCCUAACAGACAGAUUUCACCAGCAAUAAUCCCUGCCCCAAUCCCCAGCAGCACCUAAUCAGCCACAGGAGACAGACGCUUGUGUCUUUGUGUGCGAGGGCACAUGUGCUUUUGCACAUUUGCAAGGCCUGAAGAAGGGGCAAAAUAAAAGUGCCAUUUUGAACUUUCCAGUUCCAUUUCUUGGCAUACCAUUGAGUGUUCUCAGAAUGUUGGAAGGAUUCCAAGAAAACUAAAACAUUUCUAGGUUCCUGUAUUCCUCAACAAUAUGGGAAGAGGAUUAUCCAUCAUGAACAAUCCAAUAUCUGUGUCACCACCCAUGAAACUAAUGCAGACAUUAUCUGUAGUGUAAAGCACAAAGUGCUAUUUGGUGAACUGAAGAUCAAGAGAGGUAAAAGAAAAAUUGUUUUCCCAAAGGAAGUGCAAACACCUGUAUCCUCUUUCCAACAAAACCCCCAACGGAGGUGUGAUAUUCCCAGUUCCCUCUGGAGAUCAUCAAUUCAUUCAAUUCAUUCUUUUUGUAUUAAGGUGGCUUGAGUUUGCCACUGUUAGUCUACACAGACUGAUGUGUUCAUUUACACACAUGCAAACAGGCCAAUGAAAAGAAUAGGAUUACAAUUUGAAUACUUAAAUGGGCAGAACAUCUAGUCUAUACUUAAAACAUAAUCCAAAACAGAUGUUAAAUGGAAGUGCUACUUGUCAGAAAUGUUGACAGUAUUAUAAUUUGUCAAUGUUAUUU